UUCUCACACCAAAAAUCCACCUUAAACCGUUAGUUACUUCGAGAAGCUUGUCGGAGUCCGAGUCGGGUAGAAGUUGGUCGAGUCGAGAGUUGUAGUCGGGUAAUCCGCUAGAGGCACAAGAAGCUUGGGUAUUGCUGCGAUGAAGAUCAAAGGCUUCUUGUUGCAGAGUUCAUGCCAAAUGAUACUCUUGCUCAGCUUUUGUUCCAUCAGAUAAACCAAACCAUGGAAUGGUCAGUGACGUUGCGAGCGGCAUGUCAUAUAGCCGAAGCAUUAGAUUAUUGUAGCCAUGCAAGUUCUGUUUGAUAAGGAUGAUGAUGCAUGUAUUUCCUGUUUCUGUUUAGUGAGGGAGAUCAUCGAUUAUGAUCAAAGAACAACAGGAAGUGUGAACCCUGAGACUCUGACAUACAGAUCUGGUACUAUACUUGUGAAUCUGCUAACUGGAAUGCACAUUGCUCCAAGCCAUGUAAGUGAUUCUGUUUAAGCCCUCUCCUCUCUUGAAUUUGUGAUUGUAAUCAUUAGAUUCUCUGUCAUUGUCAAUGUCUUGCAACACAAGCCAAAUACAAAAGCGAGUUUUUCUUCAGUUUUAGGGUUUGGUAGAUUCGUGAUUGUUAUUUUACUAAACCUCUCUUUUUCAA